AGCGGCGGGAUGAUGAUAGCCACUUAUCGUUAGCCAGCUAAGUUAACGAGGUGGCGGUUGUGUGGAUGGACAUGUUGGCAGAAGAAAACAGUUGGCAAUGCACUCCAUCUUAUUGGAUUAAUCGUGCAUUUUAAGAAAAUGCAACCCUAACGGAGUCGAUGAACAGCGACAAGGAAUCUCGUUGACAUUAAUUCACACAUCCUUGGACAUUACAGAUCAUUCACCGGCGGUGGGGCUGGUGAGAAUGGUGGUACCGGACGGUGGAAACGUGGUUCAGACAGGCGACAAUGGCGGCAGUAGUACCAGUGGACACAUGGCAACAACAAGCGCGCAACCCGACUUUGAAACCGAACAGGAGCUCGCAGGGGUGGAGCUAGAGGAAGUUCGCAAGCUGCAGGAGCUCGUGCGGCGACUAGAAGUUCAGAACCAGAGCCUGCGCAACAGGGGCACCACAAAACUUCUCAACACCAACAACAGUAACCUGACCGCGGUCAGCAGCAGCAACAUCAACAACCAAAGGACACUCUGCGAAGGUAUUGUGAGCAACUCUUCCGUUACGACGGAGGAGGACGGUGGUGAGGUGGGAGGAGGAGGCGGUAGUAGGGACUUGGAGCUGUCCCCACCACCGCUGGACAGCUGUAGCAACAGCAGCGAGGACAUGUCCCCGCUCCCCGAAGGCACCAGGCUGGAUGAAGGUGACGAUGACGUGGAGGAGAAUGGUGUGGAUGAGUCCGCAGGCUUUCGGCUCGCCUGCACCGGUGCCUCGGAUCAGUCCCAGGAGCAGGCUCACUCCAGCCCGUCUCCGGACAGCUGCGAGUCGGAUACACUGGGGGGUGGGACUGGGAGCGAUGCGGCUAUGGACCACCUCGCCCUGGAUGAGGUGGACGUGCUAGACCUGGAGGACUGCGUUGAGCCGGAUGACGAGGACAGCUGGUUGUACGUGUCCCCUAAGAAGCAGCCGGUUGAGCUGGGUCCACAGUCUCCCCUCAAGUGGUGCCGGCAGGUGCUGGACCACCCCAGCCCUGAGACAGAGGUGGCCUGCAAGUCCCUCAUCAACCGCCUCGACCAAUCGGCGUCACGAUGGAGGAACGUGUACUCCAGCCCGUCCCAGUCCCAGUGCUCGGUGGGCUCCACAGCGGAGGCCGCCGUCUCCCCUGGGUACCACAAAUCCACUAACAAAUCGCUACUAACCUGUGGCAGCUCAGGCUACAUGAAUAUGCACUCUGCGCUGAGCUCCCAGUCGUCGGUGGACAGUGAGCUGAGCACAUCUGAUGACUCCAUCUCCAUGGGUUACAAGCUGCAGGACCUCACCGACGUGCAGAUCAUGGCGCGCCUACAGGAGGAGAGCCUGCGUCAGGACUACGCCUCCAGCUCGACCUCCGCGUCACGCCGUAGCUCCUCCGCCUCUCUCCAGUCCCUCCGGCGCGGGGCAGGAGGUGGCGGCGGAGGAGGAGGAGCAAGCGGCGCCUACAGCGACCAGGAGCUGGACUCCUACAGCCUGGAGGACGAGGAGGAGGCGGCCUACUGUGGCCCGGGUCCGGGCCAGCGGCGGCUCCGCUGCUCGCCCUCGCCGCUAGGCUCUCCACGCUGCCAGUCUCCCAGCAGCCCCCACUACGACUACGGCCGCGCGGGCCCUCCACCCCGGGCGCACACGCCCAGACGCUCCCUGCAGGGCCCCAGCGCGGAGCUUCUGAAGUACGCACGCAGCGAAGAGGAGUUGAGGCACAGCAUGCCUAACCUGGUGCCGCGCACCACACUGCGCUCCCUGGAGGCGCUCAGGAACAGCCGCAGCAUGGAGGCUAACCUGCAGAGCUCCGGCAACCGCAUGUCCCGCCUGCCCCAGUCCCCCUCCACAGGUGUGGCCUCCACGCGCUUGCGAGGCACCAACCAAUCCCCGCUCUCCCUGCGCGCUCCGGUGAAGGCCCUGAGCCCCAUGGGCUCUGCUGGGGCAGCAGCCAGUAGGCAGCAGCCCGUACGUGGGGCCCCUGGGGCCUCGGCCGGCCCUAACUCCGGGGCGCGGAGGGUCCAGUCCCCGGGCCCUGCCAACGGAGGAGGAGGAGGAGGGGGAGGAUCAGGGGCCUACCCGGCUGGCCGGACCAGCCUGGGGGCCAAGCAAGGGGUGCCGGCCAGGGGGCUGGGGGCAGCAACGCCGGGCUCCAGGGGAGGACGCCUGUCGCAGACACCCAGGAGGUCAUUUGGGAUGACUAAAAUCUCAGACGAGUCAUGGAAAGACGGCUGCUACUAAGGCUCUCUGUAUACACACAUGGCGUGUGUAUAACACACAAACACACAUACAGGCAUCUGCCUCACCCUGCUCAUUCAGAGCAAUCUGCACCAGCCUACUGCCUCUUGUCUCGUCCCCUUCCACACACACACACACACGCACGCACGCACGCACGCACGCACGCACACACACACACACAGAGGCAUGCAGUCUCACUCGCAACACAGUGACACUGUACUUUACGGGCAACAUGACACUUCAGGAACUGGACACGCACGUGGCAUGUCAUGUCUAUUUUGCACUCCCACAGUCACCACACUAAGAGAAAGAAAAUGAAGUAUGGACAGACAGAAAAGGAAAGAAAGAGUGCACCGCUGAGAGACUUUACUGGAGUCAGUCUAAAGACUACAUGAAAAACUAAAGCUGGAAAAUUGUUUUGUUUUUGUUUUCUUUCCCAAUUUUUAUUUCUGUAGUCGACCUAGUUUAUUUUUUGAAGUGAAACGAAGAGACCUGCUGGAACAAUGGAAGAACUGUGACGUACUGUAUUUUGUAUGGUAAAUUAGAGACUUGAGCGAAACGUGUGUUUGUUUACUAUUUCGACUUGUAGCAACCAUUUUUCCUCCCUUCAGUGUUAAAAAGAACACUGGUAGUCUACCAUUCUUCAAUUUACCUUUUAGAUGGAUGUUGCAUGGUUGUUUUAAUUCCACAGACGAGAAAAUAUUUAUGUACAGUAUGACGCGUUCUUUUGAAGGAGAACUCCAAGACUUUGUGAGAUGGCUUGUGUUCUGUUCAAGUAGUGAUUCCUACCUUGCAUUCUGCCAAGAGUAAUAAUAAUAUCUUUUGUGUAUUUUCUUGAGCACAUCAAGGCAAUAUUUGGGGGGAUUUGCUUCCCCUUAAAAUAUAUAUACAUAUGUAUAAUCUUGUUUUGGCCGGAAAAAAUAAAACAUUUUGUUGUCAGUUGUGCCAAGGGGACAUAUUGCAGCAAACAUUGUUGUUACUUUGAUUCAGUUAUUGAUAUUUUUUCUUAAUUUUGCUCCCUUGAAUCGAUACAUGUUGUACUUUAAAUUGUUGUGUGUAUCACUGUCCUGCAUUUUUCCUCCCGGCGAGUAAGUCUUACGUUUGGACACUUGGUUUAAGGAUACCUCACACAUCUAAAUACAACAAAAAACUGUAUGCAAAAAGCCAGGUGCUUAUGACAGAACUGGGUAUGCAACCUUUUUACAUAGUGCCUCAAGAUCUGUAGCUGUAACUGAAUAAAAGAAAAUAAUACAUCUA